UCCUCUGAUUUCCCAGUCCAAGGUCACAUAUUGACCACUGCUACCCAGACUUCAAACCUUUCUCUUUUCUUUGGAAGAGUAUCAGGGCUCUUUUUCUCUCUCUUCCUCAUCACACAGCAAAAAUGGCGCCCGUUAGAUUCAAUCCGUCGUCCAUAAAAAAUAAAAUGAAGCGGGAGGAGGUUGCGGGAAAACAAAAAAAGGCCAAGAAUAAGGAGAAACUUCAAAAGAGAAUGGCACAAGCAAAGCUGGAGGCUAAUGACCCCGCAAUAAAAAAGAAACGUCUUGCAGAAAACGUUCCUCGUACGCUCGACAAUACCCGUGAAUUUGACCCUUCGAUACCUUCUUCGUCAAAGACACCAGAUGGGUCCUUGACUGUACAGCAAGAAGAACUGUCUAAUGACAUAGCAUCCGAUCCCUUCUCGGACUACUUCUCCUUCACCCAAGAUCCCAGUAUUCCCCCAAAAGUACUCAUCACCACAUCGACAAAAGCUUCAAAAGCCACUUUUGAAUUCUGUGAUGAACUUGUAGGCGUGUUUCCCGGUGCUGAGUAUAUCAGGCGGAAAAAGGGCAAGGGGUAUGAGAUAGGCAAAAUUGCAGGAUGGGCUGCAAAACGUGGGUUCAAGCACUUGUGUGUGGUUAACGAGAACGGCAAGAAGCCAACUGCUAUCACUUUGGUAUACCUUCCAAACGGACCCACGGCAUAUUUCAAGCUGACUUCAGUAGAAUUGACUAGCCAAAUUUAUGGCCAUGCACGAGCUACAUCUCAUCAUCCAGAACUUGUCCUGAACAACUUCGCAACGUCUCUCGGUCACGCGGUCGGGAGAAUGUUCCAGACUCUCUUUCCUCCCAUGCCCGAGUUCCAGGGGCGUCAGCUUGUCACGUUCCACAAUCAGCGCGAUUUCUUGUUCUUCAGGAGACAUCGUUAUGCCUUCCGUUCCACUGAGAAGGUGGCACUGCAGGAGAUUGGCCCACGUUUCACUCUAAAAUUGCGAUGGGUGAAGAAGGGGCUUCCUGCUGUGCACAACUUCGGAGAGGCACCGAAACCUCCCGAGAUUGAUGCUGGAACCACGGAGGCAGAUGAUGGCGACCAGGACGAAAAUGCAGAAAACAAGGAGACACCUACUGUGGGCCAGCUACCGAAAGACAACGACUAUUUAUGGAUACACAAACCCGAGUUGGAUACAUCAAGACGUACCUUCUUUUUAUAAAUUUAUGGAUUUAGCAUACCGUGUUUUAGUUACUCAUCAUUGCAAUCACUUUAUGUGUCGAUACGCUC